AUGCCGUCAAACAAAGCCCGACUGUACGUAGCGCUUUAUGUUCGGGCAGGAACUGCUAAGAUGGAAGGCAAAGAGGAUACCUACCACUGGGCAUUUUUGGUGGGGCCCAAGAGCGACAACAACGACGCAAGAGGCGUACGAUAUCACGCCCGAGAUCGUGCGACCCAAGGAGCGGACUCUGCCUGGGCUUUCGAAGAAGCGAAAACAUCUAUGACUCCCACACAAAUGAUUUUGGUUCGGGUUUUGAUAGCCAAGAUUGAAGAUACAGAUAAGCUUGCUCAACUGCUGCGACAGAUCCCCAUAAGACAAGGGCAGCAGGGCUGGAAUUGUGUCGCUUGGAUCAAAGAAGCGCUUUCUCAACUUGAGAUGUCGAAGAAUAUUCUGGGUACUAGCGUAGUUGGGUGGGUAGCUGUCCGUGAUGCAGCUAUGACAUAUUGCCAGAGGAAGAGAGACCAGCAUCGAUUUGACGGCACAGUCCAAUUUGACACUUCACGUGUACCGACUUUUGACUUGAUCCAAGAGAAAGAAACUAUUGUGUAG